UUACACGUUAGUUGGCCCUGCAACCAUAGAGUGCUUAGCCAGCGGCGAGUGGAGUGUGAGCAACCAGCAGUGCCUGGCAGUAUCCUGCGAUGAACCACCCCAGGUGGAAAAUGCAUCUCCAGAGAGUGGCCACCGCCUCUUUGGCGAUACAGCUUACUACUUCUGCUCAGAUGGCUACAGCCUGGCUGAUAACUCUCAGCUGCUUUGCAAUGCGGAAGGGAAGUGGGUGCCUCCAGAGGGCAGGGAGAUGCCCCACUGCAUAGCCGAUUUCUGUGAAAAGCCAUCCAGUGUCUCAUACAGCAUCCUGGAGUCCAUUAGUAAAGCCAGAUUUGCAGCUGGCUCCGUCGUAAGCUUCAAGUGCAUGGAAGGUUUUGUUCUGAACACUUCAGCCAAGAUCGAGUGCCUUCGAGGGGGCCAGUGGAAUCCUUCUCCUCUGAGCAUCCAGUGUAUCCCCAUUCGCUGCGGAGACCCUCCCAACAUUAGCAAUGGUUACGCCAGUGGGGCCAACUACAGCUUUGGAGCAGUGGUGGCUUACAGCUGCAACAAGGGGUUCUACAUCAAGGGAGAGAAGAAGCGGACCUGUGAGGCCACUGGCAACUGGAGUGGCAGUUUGCCCACAUGCCACCCAGUGUCCUGUGGAGAACCACCGCAGCUUGAGAAUGGCUUUAUUAAGGAAACAACUGGACGCUUCUUUGAGAAUCAGGCAAAUUAUCAGUGUGAGUCUGGCUACCAGCUGGUUGGGAGCUCCGUGUUUAUCUGCCAAGCCAAUCGGCAGUGGUACAGUGAAUCACCUCCUUACUGUGUUCCCCUCAGCUGUGGAAAACCACCACCCAUCCAGCAUGGCUACUCCAGGGGAGAAACUUUUGAUAUGGGCUCCAAAGUUGAGUUUUUCUGUGAUGAAGGCUAUGAGCUGAUUGGAGAUGUUUCUUGGACAUGUCAGAAGUCUGGGAAGUGGAACAAAAAGCAAAGCCCGAAGUGUGUGCCAACAAAAUGUCCAGAACCACCCUUGGUAGAAAGCCAGCUGGUCUUGAGGGAAGUGACUUACCAAGUUGGUGUGGUACAGUUCUCCUGCAAGGAGGGUUAUGUUUUGCAUGGCUCCUCUGUACUAAAAUGCUUGCCCUCCCAACAGUGGAACGAUUCCUUUCCCUUCUGCAAGGUUGUACAGUGUCCUGCACCUCCAUACAUCCCCUUUGGUGACCCUUUGACUACAUCCCUUCAUUUUGGUAGCACUGUGAGGUACAUAUGUGUGGAUGGGUUUUUACUGAAGGGUGAGUCUGCCAUCAGGUGCCAGGCUGAUGGUUCGUGGAGCUUGCCUUUACCAGAAUGUAUUCCUGUGGAGUGCCCCCAGCCAGAAGAAAUUCAGAAUGGCAUUGUUGAUGUGCAGGGCCUCACCUUCCUUAGCACAGCCCUCUAUACAUGUAAGUCAGGCUUUGAACUGGUGGGCAACACAACUAUCCUCUGUGGAGAAGAUGGCCAGUGGCUUGGAGGCAGGCCAGCUUGUAAACCUAUUCAAUGCCCAAGGCCUAAGAAGAUCCUCAACGGCAAAUAUUCGUUCACAAACUUCCAUUAUGGGCAGACGACCUGUGAAGAAUCGGGCUGGUCGAGCUCCACGCCAGCCUGUCUCCCGACAGACUGUGGCCUGCCUCCUCACAUUGACUUUGGGGAGUACGUGCAGCUUAUGAAUGGGAAUGUCAGAGGGGAAAACUACACGUACGGGAGUGUUAUCUACUAUGAGUGUGAUCCUGGAUACCAGCUAAAUGGUCCCACAGAGAGGAAAUGCCAAGAGAACCAGAAAUGGGAUGGCAGUGAACCAAUUUGCAUUCCUGUUUCCUGCAGCCCACCACCAGUUUUGGAGAACGGUCAGAUUCAGAAUGGGGUCAUCCUUGGUACGGAUUUCAGCUGUGGGAAGAGUGCCCAGUUUCACUGCCUGGAGGGCUUCAAACUGCUGGGGCCUUCUGAGGUCACCUGUGAGGCAGCUGGCAAAUGGAGCUCUGGGUUUCCUCGCUGCGGGCAGAUUUCCUGUGGCUCUCCACCCGUCAUCCCCAACACGUUUAUCAAUGGGAGCGGCUCUGCAGAUGAGAACACCAUCAUCUAUACCUGCCUGACAGGUUUUGUGAUGCGGGGAAGUCCCGAACUGACAUGUGUGGAGACUGGUGUCUGGAAGAAGCCAUACCCAAGCUGUGAGCUGUUAAACUGUGGCCCACCACCUUCUGUCCCAAAUGCAGAGGUCCUUGGUGACACUUACUCCGAUGGAAGCAAGGUUCAGUACAG